AAUGAGACCGGGGCGGAGCUAAGUCCGUGUGCAAAACAAGACAUGGACGAACGCGGGUCCCCAGACGGGGACCCCGCGCGGGGCCUGGAGCAUGGGCCAGAGGCGCCAGAAACACCUAUCCAGGUGGUGCUCAGGGUGCGCCCCAUGAACACGGCCGAGCUGCGUCGAGGGGAACAAAGUGCGCUACACUGCUCAGGGACCCGGACUGUGCAGGUGAGCCCCCCGGGCGGGGGCCCCGACGUGGCGUUCCGCUUCGGCGCCGUGCUGGACGGGGCGCGCACGCAGGAGGACGUGUUCCGGGCCUGCGGCGUGCGGCGCCUGGGCGAGCUGGCGCUGCGCGGCUUCUCCUGCACCGUCUUCGCCUUUGGCCAGACCGGCUCCGGGAAGACCUACACCCUGACCGGGCCUCCUCCCCAGGGGGAGGGGGUCCCUGUACCCCCAAGUCUGGCUGGCAUCAUGCAGAGGACCUUCACCUGGCUGUUAGACCGUGUGCAGCACCUGGGUGCCCCCGUCACCCUCCAUGCCUCCUAUCUCGAGAUCUACAAUGAGCAGGUUCGAGACUUGCUGAGCCCGGGGUCUUCCCAGCCCCUUCCUGUUCGCUGGAACAAGACCCGGGGCUUCUACGUGGAGCAGCUUCGGGUGGUGGAGUUUGGGAGUCUGGGGGCCCUGAUGGAACUUCUGCAACUGGGGCUUAGCCGUCGAAGGAGCUCAGCUCACACGCUGAACCAGGCCUCCAGCCGAAGCCAUGCCCUGCUCACACUCUACAUCAGCCACCAAACUUCGCAGCAGAUGCCUCAUGUGGACCCCAGAGAAGCUCCUAUUGGUGGGAAGCUGUGCUUUGUAGACCUGGCUGGCAGUGAGAAGGUGGCAGCUACAGGAUCUCGUGGAGAACUGAUGCUGGAAGCCAACAGCAUCAACCGCAGCCUGCUAGCCCUGGGUCACUGCAUCUCCCUGCUGCUGGACCCACAACGGAAGCAGAGCCACAUCCCCUUCCGGGACAGCAAGCUCACCAAGCUACUGGCAGACUCGUUGGGGGGUCACGGGGUUACCCUCAUGGUGGCCUGCGUGUCCCCCUCUGCCCAGUGCCUUCCUGAGACUCUCAGCACCCUGCGAUAUGCAAGCCGAGCUCAGCGGGUCACCACUCGGCCACAGGCCCCCAAGGUGCAUGGAAGGAGACACAAGCAGAAGCACGGGCAGGGGAGAUGGUGGGGGAUCAGGCAACGGCUGGAGUCUGAGGUGGCAGCAUGGUCCCCUGUGGCAAAGCAGUCCCAGCAUUUGGAGACGGAGAUGCUGCAGCUCCAGGAGGAGAACCACCGCCUGCAGCCCCAACUGAGCCAAAUGGACCCCAAGGCAUCAGGUCUCAGUGGGGCCCGGAUGACCUGGGCCCAGCAGAACCUCUACGGGAUGUUGCAGGAGUUCAUGCUGGAGAACGAGAGGCUAAGGAAAGAAAAGAGCCAGCUGCAAAAUAGCCGGGACCUGGCCCGGGAUGAGCAGCGCAUCCUGGCCCAGCAGGUCCAGGAGCUGGAGCGGCGCCUCCGCUCUGCCUGCUCCCUCCACCAGCCGGGCCCUGGCCUAGCCCCACUGUGUCCCUGUGUGGUGGUGCCAGCCCCCUCCUGCCAUGCCCUGCCACCCCUCUGCCCCUGCCCCUGCUGCCAGCUCUGCCCCCUGUGCCGAGCACCACUGGCCCGCUGGGCCUGUCCACAGAGGGAGCUCCACCUGCCCCAGGUGUUUGGUUCUAAAGUCCCAGGUGGCAUGCCCCUGUCUGCCCGGCCCCCACCCUGGGUGCCCCCGUGCAACCCUGUCUCUGCCAAGUGCCCAAGAGAGAGGAGUCACCGUGACUGGACUCAGACCCAAGUCCUGGCGGAGAUGCUCGCCGAGGAAGAGGUGGUACCCUCUGCACCCCCCUUGCCCAUGGGGCCCCCAAACACAUCGCCAGUGCUGAGAGGUGGGGCUGCAGUUCCAAACCUGGCCCGGAGACUGGAAGCCCUCAGAGACCAAAUCGGCAGCUCCCUGCGACGCGGCCGGAGCCAGCCACCCUCGAGCAAGGACGCACGGAGCCCUAGCUGAGUUCUCCCUCCCUGCUGAGGGCCAGGCGGAACCCCAGGAGACCACUCUGCCUGUGUCCUGGCGCCGGAGGUAUCAUGAAGCCUGAGUUCCAAUGCCACGGACCUGCUGUGAGCCGUGGGUAAGCCCUGCACCCUCCAGGGUCCACUUCCUGGUUUUCAGAAAUUAGAUGAGGAUGCGACUCCCUGUCUGUUGAGUUCUAGUGAGAGUCAAGGAAAGUGAGAAAUACCAUAAUUAAUGGCAUGAGUGCCCAGAAGGAUGUUAUGGGUCUGCAGUUAGGGAUAAGCCCAGAUGUGACAUGAGAAAAUGGGGUGAGCAGAAGGACCUCAUUACAGAAAGAGCCACAGGAUAGCAUAACUCCCCCAUUUUAUAGUUAGGGAAACUGAGACCCAUGUGGUUCAUUCCUUCAUUCUUUCAUUCACUCAUUCAUUCAACGGACACCAUAGCGUCAACUGCAAAUAAAGAUGGCCAACAAGACUGGCAAGAGACAAGCUGGCUUUGCCCAGGGAGCUCCCAGUGACCAGGUAUUAAAAGGCAAGACUUGUGACUGGGCAUUAGGGGGGUUCAACAGUGGUGACUUUGUGCAAGGCCAGCAUUUGUGGAGGCAGAGCCUGGGCUCAUGGGGUAACAACCGGACACCUCAGGCAGUCAGUAUAGAUGCCAGGGGAGGGGACUGUGGUUCAGAGACAACCACACAAGUUCAAGUCCCAGUGUCAUCAGUUUCCAUGAAUGAUCAUGGGCAAGGGAUUUAAUGCUCUAAGCCUGAGUCACCUCAUCUUCAGAAUGGAUAUAAUAAUAGUACCCCCUCCUGGGAUGGUCACAGGGAUUAAACCCAUUGAUAAGUAGAAUGAGUAUAACACAAGACUUUGCCUGUUGCUGACAGUUUAGCCAAAGGCAGCUUUUAGUCAAUAUGCCAUUUUGAUGGAGUUGACAAUCUAGGUUCAAAAAAAAAAAUUCAUUCAACAAAUACUUAUGAGAACCUACUUUAGGCCACCAUUGAACAAAGCAGAAGAAUUCCUACCCUCACAGAACACAAACAAAAACCAAGAAAACAGACGAAGUACAUGGCAAGUCGGAUAGUGGUAAAUUCUAUGGAGAAAAAUGUAGCAGGGAGGCCCAUCUGCUGGGGCAAGUGCCCUCUAAAUAGGGGGGUCAGGAAGGGUGCUGUGCAGGUGAUACUCCUACAGAGACCCAAAGGAGGGGAGGAGGGUGAGCCUGAUUAAUGCCAUAAAGUCACUUCCUUCUGCUCCAGUUAAUUUUGAUGCCACAUCAGCUUGAGUGGCUCAGCAGGUUUGGGCCUGGGAGCCUCCCCUCCCCAGAGCCCUUAUCUCCCUCAUGUCUGGUGGUCCUGCUUGCUGGGAGGCCUCCAGCCUCAGGCAGGGAGGCGCCUGGCUCCAAGUGUGAGACCCUGUCUUAGCUGCUUUGGGAGAAUGGACAGGGACCACCCAGGGGGACCCUAACUGUUGCUGGUUCAUUCCUGUUUGGACAACCCCUUCUCCAGCUGGAGCCAGCCACGAUUUUCCAGUUUCCUUGUUCCAGCUCAGCAAAAUCCCCACUUACUUUCCCAGAGACAGCCAUAGGACUCCAGGGAGUAAGUCUCCACUGCCCCCAACUCAAGCCAUGUGUGUCCAUCUUCCAGUCAGCAUCCUCGUUCUGGAAUCCCUAAACCCUGGAGGAAUUCCAUAGGGCCCAGCAACAUACCAACACUCUUUAAAUCCAGAGGUCCUUACUGAGAAAUUUGGGGAUUCCAGAGGGCACUUCUGCAACCCUGAAAGCUAUAGGCGUUCCCAGAAGGCUGGAAUUUGGGGGCAGUUCUUGGCCCCAUGAAAUAGGAGAUUACUUCUCCAGAGCUGUCAAACUUAGAAGAAGGUCUCUGGUGUGUUAGAAUUGGGCACAGCUGUAGGAAAUCCUGAAGCACAGUAGGGAUUUCCCGGAGUUCCAAAUUUGUGAAAGAUCUUGAAAUUUUAAAACAUUUUGAUGAAGUUGGGCGGGAUUCUCUGGAAUCUUUGGCUAGGGGUAGGGACGUUUGCCAGAGCUUGGAAGGCCGUCCCUGAGUUUGUAGAAUUCUGGCAGAUCUAGAGAUCAACUUCGAUGUCCGGAACCUUUGUUGGGUUCUCCAGAUCCUUGGAAACCCUAACUCACAGCCAGUGUCGAAUGGGGAUCAUGGCUGGAAGCAUUACUGUAGAACAACAGUAGCUUUGGGAAAACCACUCCUGUGGACAACUGAGUUUAAAAGGCUAUGAGGUCUCAUCUGGGUGACCAACCCCCAGUUAGACCCCCAAGAGGCGGAGACAACAGGCGAGUUUGUGAAGCCCCUCCUGCCAAGAACAUCCUGCCGCUGCCUAUCUGCCCCAGCCACACCUGCCCUCUCUCACAUCCCAGGUGGGCCCUGCUUUCUCUCACCUGGUCUUUCUUCUCUUUGUCGAAUACGCACUGCCCCAAAUUAAUAUCUAUUCAAUUUUGUACACAAAAGAUUGGUUUCUGAA